AUGCGACACACUUAAACAUCCGUGUUGUAGACACAUUUUUAUUUUCGAUAACAUGUCGAAGAUAAAUAUGUGUACGAGAGUUAUUGACCUUGUUAUCUAUAAAGCAAAGGCCGGCGUUGCGGGAAGGAGGAGAAUGAUAAACAUGUAAACAGUUUAGAGUGUAUAAAUGGUGUCCCGGGCCAACAAUUAACUUAAAUUACAACCGCUAAGCCACAAGAAUGAGGAUAACAACGUGUUUUAAUGCAAUUGUGCGUGGACCUGAAAUAUGGGGGAAAAUUUCGACCAAAUCGGCCGGGUACAAUAUGUACGAAGCUUUAAACAAGUACGCUGAUAGUAAAACACCGGCAAUUUUAGACGUGACAACAAAGAAUUCGGUGAGUUUUAAAUCUCUGCUGGAUGAUACAGUUAAGCUGGGCUCAUGGAUGCGUGAAUCCAAACUAAAAAAGAAUGAUGUGAUAUCUGUAUGUUCAGAAAACAGUCUGAAGUUUUUCACGCCAGUGAUAUCCGCGUUGUAUGAAGGUGUAACCACCGCCACAAUUAAUCACUCUUAUGAGGAAGGAGAGAUUCUGCACACGUUGAAACUAGUCAAGCCGAAAAUAGCCUUCUGUUCAAUGGCGGUGUGUGAUAAGUUUUUAAAACUCAAGAAGAAAGGCGAUGUGCCUUUCCUUAAAGAAGUAAUCAUCAUGGAGGAAUUAGAAGAUAAAAUAACUGCUGUUUCCAAUAACAGUUAUCAACCUAUGCCAUCAAAUGACACAGCGACACAUCCAGCACUUAUUUUGUUUUCAUCCGGUACCACAGGAUUACCCAAAGGUGUUGUUUUGACUCAUCAAAACUUGAAUGCCAGACAUAAUCAAGCUGAGGAUCCAAGGCAGACAUUAUCAUAUGUUGACGAUAGUGUGAUAGUAGUGCCAUUUUAUCAUGCUUUGGGUUUCAUGAUAGGGUCAAGUUUAAUUCGUAAAGGGCAGACUCUACGAUAUAUGCCUAAAUUUACAGAGAAGGAAUACCUGCAAUCGAUACAAGACUACAAGAUAAAAUAUCUAAUGACAGUUCCUCCUUUAGUUGUACUCCUUGCAAAGAGUCCCACUGUAAGUGACUAUGAUAUUUCCUCAGUAAAAGAACUUAUUUGUGGUGCAGCACCACUCAGUUCUGAAUUAGAACAACUUGUUAAGGAACGUCUCCCGAAUAUUGAACGUGUGACACAAGCCUAUGGACAAACAGAAGUUUCUUUAACUGUCUUAGCUUAUGGUUCAAAAGAUGAACCACGCGCUGGGUCUUCUGGUAAAGUAAUUGCAGGUCAUCAGGUAAUGAUUAGAGAUCCACAAUCAGGUAAAACUUUGGCAGCGGAUGAAAUUGGUGAGGUCUGCGCGAAAGGACCGGUUGUAAUGAAAGAAUACUUUGAAAAUGAAGCUGCUACCAAAGAGACUUUUACUGAGGAUGGCUGGUUGCGUACUGGUGACAUGGCUUACUAUGAUAAAGAUGGCUACUUUUAUGUUGUUGAUCGUUUAAAGGAACUGAUUAAGUAUAAGGGAUUUCAAGUUGCUCCGGCGGAAUUAGAAGCGUUGUUAUUGACGCAUCAUUCUGUUAGUGAUGCGGCUGUUGUUGGGCUGCCGGAUGAACGCUGUGGCGAACUUCCGGUUGCGUUUGUAGUGAAACAGCCGAAUUCUGAUGUUAGUGAGCUGGAUAUUUUAUCGUUUAUUGAGAAGCAGGUUUCGAAAGCGAAACGAUUGCAUUAUGUUAAGUUUGUUGAUGCUAUCCCAAAAACGGCUAGUGGGAAAUUGUUAAGGAAAGAUUUAAAGAGUAUUGUUCAAUUAACAAUGAAAUAAAUGUAUUAUUAUCAAUAAAAGUUUUACAUAAAUAA